CUUAGUCACCCCGGAGUAAAUACUUGGAGCGAGGACUCCUGAGGGCGGCGAGGGGCAGCUGAAAGUUUGCCAAAGCCUUAGGAGGGGCUGGUCUAUGGGACAUGAUUGGCAGCUAGGAGAGAGAGCCAGGGCUGGAAGGGAAGAGAGGGAGAAGGCUCCCGGGCAGCGAGAGGUCCUGCCCAGCUGUUGGCGAGGAGUUUCCUGUUUCCCCCCGCAGCGCCGGGUGAAGUUGAGUGAGUCACUCGCGCGCCCGGACCGACGACACCCCCGCGCGCGCACACGCCCGGGACAGGAGCAGGAGCCGGCCUCCUGCGCAGCUCCCCUCGGCCGCCGGGGGCCUCCCCGCGCCUCGCCGGCCUCCAGGCCCCCUCCUCGCAGUCGACCCGCAGCCACAUCUGGCCCGCACAUCUGCCCGGCCGGCCGGGCGCGGCGUCCCGCCAGGACGCGAGGCGGAGGCGCAGCCAGGGGUCCGGGAAGGCGCCAGCCGCUGCGCUCGGGGCUCGGUCUAUGACGAGCAGCGGGGUCUGCCAUGGGUCGGGGGCUGCUCAGGGGCCUGUGGCCGCUGCACAUCGUCCUGUGGACGCGCAUCGCCAGCACGAUCCCUCCGCACGUCCAGAAGUCCGUUAGUAAUGACGUGGUGAUCACCGACAACAACGGUGCACUCAAGUUCUCACAACUGUGUAAAUUCUGUGACGUGAGGUCUUCCACCUGUGACAACCAGAAAUCCUGCGUGAGCAACUGCAGCAUCACGUCCAUCUGCGAGAAGCCCCACGAAGUCUGUGUGGCUGUCUGGCGGAAGAAUGAUGAGAACAUAACACUAGAGACAGUCUGCCAUGACCCCACGGUCGUCUACCAUGGAUUUCUUCUUGAAGAUGCUGCUUCUCCAAAGUGUAUCAUGAAGGAGAAAAAAGUGGACGGGGAGACGUUCUUCAUGUGCUCCUGUAGCAGUGAUGAGUGCAAUGACCACAUCAUCUUCUCAGAAGAAUAUGUCACCAACAACCCUGACUUGCUAUUAGUCAUAUUCCAAGUGACGGGCGUCAGCCUCCUGCCACCACUGGCCAUCGCCAUAGCUGUCAUCAUCAUCUUCUACUGCUACCGUGUCCACCGGAAGCAGAAGCUGACCCCGUCCUGGGAGACCAGCAAGCCACGGAAGCUCAUGGACCUCAGCGAGCACCUUGCCAUCAUUUUGGAAGAUGACCGUUCCGACAUCAGUUCCACAUGUGCCAACAAUAUCAACCACAACACAGAGCUGCUGCCCAUUGAGCUGGACACGCUGGUGGGGAAAGGUCGCUUUGCCGAGGUCUACAAGGCCAAGCUGAAGCAGAACACUUCAGAGCAGUUUGAGACUGUGGCGGUCAAGAUCUUCCCCUACGAGGAGUACGCCUCCUGGAAGAUGGAGAAGGACAUUUUCUCGGAUAUCAACCUGAAGCAUGAGAACAUCCUCCAGUUCCUGACAGCCGAGGAGCGGAAGACGGAGUUGGGGAAGCAGUAUUGGCUGAUCACCGCUUUCCAUGCCAAGGGAAACCUACAGGAGUACCUCACGAGACAUGUCAUCAGCUGGGAGGACCUGUGCAAGCUGGGCAGCUCCCUCGCCAGGGGCAUAGCUCACCUGCACAGUGACCACACCCUGUGCGGGAGGCCCAAGAUGCCCAUCGUGCACAGGGACCUCAAGAGCUCCAACAUCCUCGUGAAGAACGACCUGACCUGCUGCCUGUGUGACUUUGGGCUUUCCCUGCGUCUGGACCCUACUCUGUCUGUGGAUGAUUUGGCCAACAGUGGGCAGGUGGGAACUGCAAGAUACAUGGCGCCCGAAGUGCUCGAGUCCAGGAUGAACCUGGAGAACGUCGAGUCCUUCAAGCAGACAGACGUCUACUCCAUGGCUCUGGUGCUCUGGGAAAUGACGUCUCGCUGCAAUGCAGUGGGAGAAGUAAAGGAUUACGAGCCUCCAUUCGGUUCCAAGGUGCGGGAGCAUCCCUGUGUCGAAAGCAUGAAGGACAAUGUGUUGCGAGACCGGGGACGACCCGAAAUUCCCAGCUCCUGGCUCAGCCACCAGGGCAUCCAGAUGGUGUGUGAGACUCUGACCGAGUGCUGGGACCACGACCCGGAGGCCCGGCUCACAGCCCAGUGCGUGGCGGAGCGCUUCAGCGAGCUGGAGCACCUGGACCGGCUCUCGGGGAGGAGCUGCUCCGAGGAGAAGAUCCCCGAAGACGGCUCGCUGGGCCCUGCCAAGUAGCCCUUCCCGGGCAGGCUGGGCCGAGUCCAAAGAGGUCGCCCCUGUCGCCAAAGAGCAGAGGCAGCAGGAAGCUGCCCCUGAACCGGUGGAUGCUUCCUGGACAACCAGGGCCCAGCGGCGGGACCGGCGGGACCACUGCGGGCAGGGAGCGGGUCCCAUGAAGCAUUCUACGCCUUUGACGUUGUCAUAGGAUAAGCUGUGUUAGCAGUUCCUCAGGAAAUGAGAUUGAUUUUUACAAUAGCUAAUAACAUUUGCACUUUAUUAAUGCCUGUAUAUAAAUAUGGAAUAGCUAUGUUUUAUAUAUAUAUAUCUAUAUAUGUCUAUAUCUAUAUAUACAGCCAUACUCUGGAAAGAGACAAAGGAAAGAUCAGAUGUCCCAGGAAACCGGUUUGAUCGGAGCACUCCCGAGCCGAGCGCAGAACAAGGGAUCCAUGACAUUAGCACUUGACAAUCACACCUGGGAUAAAUGGUUCUCUGAGGACACUGGGGGGGGGGGGUGCAGGAGGAGAGGGGCUCGUGUCUCAGAGGCUGCUAUGGCCACGUGGCACUCGCUAUUGCAAAACCAUUCCCUGAAUUUGGGUCCUCCUCUGUCCACAGAGCUGCUCUAGCCACACCGCCUGGGGACCAGAUCCCGGGAUCCUGUGUGUCCCUGCUCCUCCUGGGCCGGUCACGCGAGCUCCAAGCCCCACAUCGGGCUUGUGAACCACCGUCCUCAACCAGCUCAGAAACUUCGCCCCACCUCUGAGAGUUAACAUUUUGAGCCCUGUUUUGCCUUCACAGGCUGCAGAAAAAUCAAGACAGAGUUCCCUGUCCAUGAAAUGGCCACACCUUCUACUAAUAAGAUAUAUAAAUAUAUAUAUAUAUUUUUAUUUCCCCCUAGACCUAUGUUACUCUUGCUCCCUCCCAAGGCCUUCUUCAUAAAAAGGAUCACGUCUCUUCAGGGUUCUUUGUGUUGUUGUCCACACGCUUGGUGUGGGUCUGCAGCUUUCUGAACAAUACCAGCAGGUCCCACCCCCGGGCUCCUGGAUGCCCGAGUGUGCGUGGGCCUCAUGGACAGGAUCUGACGGCGCGAUGCUGCCCCAGUCAGGACUGCUUCCCCGGCGCUCUGAACAUGUGUUGUGCUUGGCCGGCGCUGCGUUUCACAAAAUUGAGCCAUUUUUAAAAUAUUUGGAGAUUUGUCACACACACAUACCCAUCCAGAUUCUCAAGUGAGCCGGCUUCCAGUUCUCUCUAACCCACAUCAUUCCUAAAAUGAGAGUGUGGACACACUUACGAAGCCGCUUCACUUCUUGAUGUACACGCUGGUGUCUUCUGCCCCCUGCCCGGCGUGAGAAUUAAACCUGUCCCGAACCAAGGUCCCCUGUAAGGAAGGUGCAUUGCAGCGGUCAUUCUUGGCUGUAUAAUAUGUCUGCGAUGCCCUCCCUCUCCCCGAUCUGGUGUUAAGAUUCGAAGCUGGCCAUGUUUUAAGUUUUCUGGACUAAAGGGGACCUCCUCUAAGAGGUCCCAGUGAACCCACAUCUCUUUGGUCUCUAUGCUAAGAGCGCUCCCCUUUGCAUUAGGGUGGGGAGCCCUUCCCUGCAAGAAGCUUUCUUCCUGACCACUGGUGUCUCCAUCACACCAGCCUUCGGAAGCCUGGCGAAGUUUCCUAGUGAGGACUCCAGUGUGGGACGCAGGAGACUGCCUGCAGCCACGAAAUGCGCGUGGACAAGAACGAACAUUUACACACCAUCGGACCCUUGUUCACCCACAAAUGAGGGUUAACGCUGCAAAAUCUCUCGCAUUGUAAAAAAUGAUCUUGAAGCUACUUAUUUUCAGCCAAAUAGGAAUCUUAAAGAGGGACAGGCAGGGAGCAAGUCAGCUCUAUUUGGAUGUUGGGAGGUCUCAUCUCAUUGGGGUUUUGGCAGACACGCUGAAGUUUGGGAUUGGGUGGAACUUCUAGGCACCCUGCCCCGUGGGGUGGGCUGAUAGUUGGAGGAGAGGCUGGCUGCCAUACUAGGAGUGCCCAGAAAUUCCGUGCACUUUAAGGCUUGUUGACACCAUCCCAAUAGCUGUUGCUCAUUGACCUCUAGUGGUGAAUUUCUAGAAUACUGGUCCAUUGAUGAUUCAAAAGAGCUUUAUCCCUUCUGGGUCAUUGUCAGCAUAAACUGGAAUGUAGUAGGAGAUGAUACUGUGGCUUGUUUUGUUUGUUUGUUUUCUUAUUCAAGAAGAAGACCAAGGAAUAACCUUCUGUAGUUCCUAAAAAUACUGACUUUUUUAUUUUUACUACUAUACAUAAAGGGAAAGUUUUAUUCUUUUAUGGAACACUUCGGCUCUGCUCAUGUAUUAAAAUAGGAAUGUGAAAGCUCAGUACUCUUUUUAUAUCAAAUGUCUCAAGCACUUAUUUUCAUACUGUGCAUCGUUCAUCUUUUAUAUAAAUAAAAUGUUUAUUAGAUUGAAUAAAGCAGAAAUACUCAGGUCAGCUUCUUGUCUCCUGUUCCUAUUCAUAGCGGGUUAAGCCCCUUAGCCCCACUUGGUUAUUUUGCAGUUCAUGGAGAAAAAUAGCACAAGACAUAAUCCUUUCCAACUUUUCCAUUCUCAUUGCCUUCUUCAACUGACAAUCUCAGGUCCCCUUUGAAAAAAGAAAAGCAUUCAUAGACGUUCAAUAAUAGGAGAUGCAGCAGGUGCUCUGGGUGGCCUGCCCCUUACCCCAGAGCCCUGGCAGGGUCCCUCUGCAUCUCCUUCCUGUCAUCUCAGCCUGUCCCCUUCCCCCCACUGUCCAUGGAGCUGCCUCCAUCCCAGGACCACAGGAUCACUUCUCCCAGGGCUUGGCACAGCCAGGGUUGAUGCCAAGAGCACGCCUUGCUUCUAUUCCCCUGUCCUUACACUGCCAGCCGGCCGUUGACUCUCUUUGUGACUUCUGCCUGGUGUCAUGCUUUGUUCCUCUUCCUUCCUACCCAGCCCCGGCAUCCCACAGGGAGAGGCUUGCAAUCAGCUUAUCCGCACCACCAGGCAAACCUGCCUUGGGCAGUUGGCUUCAGGUCAUCGCUUACAGGCUUUCUGGUGACA